UGCUUCUUUGGUGAGGGAAUUUGCUUGACCUAGGUCUGUUUCCUUAACCUCCCAAAUUAGGCAUAUUUGUGUUCUUAGGAAGUACAUCCUAGAUGCCAGAGCUAGAUUUCAAAGUCGCCUUCACUGUCAGCAGCAGGAGCGGCAGGAGGACACCAGGACAGCCCGGGACUGGAAAUGGAGUCAGUGAGCUUUGAGGAUGUGGCUGUGGAGUUCACGCAGGAGGAGUGGGCUGUGCUGGAUCCAUCCCAGAAGAAGCUGUACAAAGAUGUGAUGCAGGAGACCUUGAGGAACCUGGCUGCUAUAGGAAAGAAGUUGGGCAAACAGAAGGUUGUAAAUGAGUAUGAAAAGCUCUGGAGAAGACUAAGCAGCCAACUGGUGGAGGAUUUCUGUGAAUAUAAAGAAAGUCAUCAGUGUGAAGAAAUCUUCAGUGGCACUCCAGAGCAUUCUGUGAGCCCAAAAUCUUGUCUAGGACUUGUCACAUGUGAAAAGCAUGGGUAUGGAGAAGGAAGCGCUGGCCACUCACCUGUGGGUGUGCCCCUGAACCGUCGGGUAGGACACAAGCCUAAUGAUGACCAGGGAUAUGGACAGACAUUGUAUAAACAGAAGCAGUUUAGGGGCAGCUCCAGUUCUCCUCUGUCCCUUCAAACACAUAAAAGCACUCACACUGGAGAGAAACCUUCUGAAAACAAGGACUGCGAAGAAGGCCGUCCUUGUCUCAGAUCUGAUCAAAGGUACAAACAACAUGACUGUUCAAAGAAGUCUUCGGUGUGCAGGCAGCGUGGGAGCGGUGUCACCCAGCCCAGUCCUUUACAGAGGCAUGAAAAGAUUCACAGCGUUAAGAAGCCAUAUGUGUGUGAACUGUGUGGGAAAAGCUUUGCUCGGUUUGGUAACCUUUUAAGACAUCAGAGAACUGACACGGGUGAGAAUCCCUUAAUGCCUGAUCGUUAUGGGAGAGCUUUUCCCCCACCCGCUUGCCUUCAGAAACGAAGGAGAGUUCACGCUGGUGGGAAGCCCUACGUAUGUGAGCAGUGUGGGAAAACUUUCCUUGACUCUACUUACUUUCGGAUACAUAGACGAAUUCACACUGGUGUGAAACCCUACGUGUGUAAGCAAUGUGGGAAAGCCUUCACCGCUUCUCGUUACCUUAAAUCCCAUGAGCUAACGCACACCCGGGAGAAAUCCUACGAGUGUGAGCAGUGUGGGAAUGCCUUCACAUUUUGGUAUCAGUUUCAGAAGCAUAAAGUAAUUCACAGUGGUGUGAAUCCCUACGUUUGCAAACAGUGCGGGAAAGGCUUUACUUACUCCAGUUCCCUGAAGACGCAUGAGCGCAUUCACACUGGUCAGAAGCCCUACGUGUGUAAGCACUGCGGGAAAACCUUUGGCAGCUCUGGCAACCUUAAGAGACAUGGAAGUACUCAUACCGGAGAGAGACUGUAUGUAUGCAAACAGUGUGGGAAAUCUUUCAACAAUCACAGUUCCUUUCAGUUCCACACUAGAAUGCACUCUGGAGAGAACCCCUACAAGUGCAAGCAGUGUGGGAAGGAUUUAGCGUCUUCUUCCUCCCUUCAGAGCCAUGAAAGGAAUCACUCUGGAGAGAAGCCCUACGUGUGCCUGCAGUGUGGCAAAGCUUUCAGCUCCGACAGUUCUCUUCGAAAACAUAAAAUCAUGCACAGUGAAGAAAAACCCUAUGAAUGCAAGCAGUGUGGGAAAGCCUUUCGUCGUUUUUUUGAGGUUCGGGUCCAUGAACGGAUCCACAGCAGCGAGAGACCCUAUGAAUGUAAGACGUGUGGUCGAGGCUUUUUGAGUUCAACUCAUUUAAGGAGACAUGUACCGGUCCAUAGCAAAUAAGAAUGCUUGUAAAUCAAGAGAG